UCUGCGAACCCUUUCGGGAGUGUGUCGACCUUCCCAAAGAGAAACCAAGUUCGACUCUCUCUCUUCUCAGCGCCACCGUCAUCGUUUUGACCCGCACUGGAUUGUAGAUCUUCAUGUGACAUUUGCAAGGAAGCCGAGAAUUUUAUUGAGGAUGAGCAUCGUGCACAUAACUUCAUGCAAUCCUACCAUCGGCCUCAGAAACAGUUCCCAAUCUCUUUGUCUCACUUCACAGCCAUAUAUUUUACCAAUACAUGCUAAACAUGCUCAUCUUAGAAAUUGUUUGGUAGCAACCUGCAAUGUAUCAGUUCAGCAACGGUGUGUGACUGUAUUGGAAAACCAGCAUUACAGGGCAGUAUCUACGCACCAACAAUCAUCACCUGUCUGUUUAUGGGGCGGAAAAGGAAAAAAUGGAAGUGACGAUGAGGGUUCCCCAUGGAAAUCCAUGGAGAAAGCAAUGGGCAAUUUGAAGAAGGAAACUUCAAUAGAGGAUGUAUUACGUCAGCAGAUAGAAAAGAAAGAAUUCUAUGAAGACAAGGAUAGUGACAGACGCCGCCGCGGUGGCGGGGGUGGGGCAGGUGGUGGGAGCGGUGGUGGUGGUUCUGAUCCAUCUGGUGGAUCAGAAGACGAAGGCUUUGCUGGAAUCUUUGAUGAAACAUUGCAAGUUAUUCUAGCAACCAUUGGAUUUAUAUUUUUGUAUGUUUACAUCAUUGAUGGUGAGGAGUGGACUCGGUUAGCAAAGGACUACCUCAAGUAUCUCUUUUCAGGGGCUGAGAGUGUUCGUCUAAGACGUGCCAUGUACAAAUGGGGAAGGUUCUACCAGAAGCUGACUGAGAAAAAGGUGCAUGAUAAGUACUUUUUGGAGAAGGCCAUAAUCCGUACCCCAACCUGGUGGGAUAGCCCGGCCAAGUAUCGCUACAUAAAUGAGAGCAUUAGAUCUUAUUUGGAAUCAGAUUCUGAUGAAUAGUCCAAGUCGGUAUAGUUAUACCAACCUUCCCUCUAUAGUAGGCAAUUCCCCAUCUCUAUAUUUGAGGGCGGUUCGAGUUAUCAGCUUAUUAUGUAGAUUUCAAUGUUACUUCUGACACUGAUCCUUAAAUUAAUUGGACAGAUAUUUUCGCUACA